GUCCUCAGAGCCGCAGUCUGCGGGACUGGUGCCCGGAAGUUCCCGGAAGUGGCCGGGCCUCAGGCUUCUGAUGCAGGUCGGGUAAAAUGGCGGUGGACACUGUGUUCCCGGCCCUUGCGCGGAUGCUUGCUCUGUCAAGACGCCACCUAGUGUCUCCUUCACUCAGAGUGACAUCAUUCAAACGCUGCUACAGAGGUGACAGCCCGACAGAUUCCCAGAAGGGCAUGAUUGAAAUCCCUUUGCCUCCAUGGCGGGAGCGAACUGAUGAAUCCAUAGAAACCAAAAGAGCCCGGCUGCUCUAUGAGAGUAGAAAGAGGGGAAUGCUGGAAAACUGCAUCCUACUUAGCCUCUUUGCUAAGGCACAUCUGCACCACAUGACAGAGAAACAACUGAACCUCUACGAUCGCCUGAUUAAUGAACCCAGUAAUGACUGGGAUAUUUACUACUGGGCUACAGAAGCAAAGCCAGCCCCAGAAAUAUUUGAAAACGAAGUCAUGGCCCUGCUGAGAGACUUUGCUAAGAACAAAAACAGAGAGCAGCGACUACGGGCCCCAGAUCUCGAAUACCUCUUUGAAAAGCCACAUUGAGCUGAGCGCCACUGCCUGCCUGGCCUCGGUCUGCGGAUGCUCACUGCUUAUGAUGGGUAUUGGCCUUGAUGUCCUGCUUCUCCUUAGACGCUCAGCCCACCCAGACCAUUGGUCCUGCCUCCAGUGAUGGACCCGCCUCUCUCCUGAGGACAUGUAAAUGUUCAGUGUAUCUCAUUCUAAGACCUUGUGGUUCUGUUCUAAGCCUCAAAGCGGUUUGUCUAAGUUACCGGUGUUCAGGCCUGACUUUUCUCUGGCUCCACAGGAGGGCACUGUAGUGGAAGCGAUUGUGCCAGCUCGUUGCUUCAGCCAGAAGUGAGCUCAAUGCAGAGGGGCAGCCAGCUCUUUGUGCUGUGUGGAAAGCUCCCCGGGUGACCCAGGUCUUUGUUCCAGUGAAAUUCCCCCUUCCAACCUGGGAUGGUUCUUUCUGCCAAGGGAAGCUGAUCCAAGCCCCCUGAGCAGAAUCCUUCAAAGGCCCAGCAGGCAGAAUGACGGCAGUGGGCAGGAAUGGUGUGGGCGCGCUACUUAAGAGUCAGCAUCCUCAUCAGAUUUUCUCUAAAAUGCUCACUUUGUAAAUUGAACGAUAAUUGAAUAUUAAAGAGUAUUUUAAAAAGGAAAA